UUCCAGAGCGAAAAGACGGGUUUUCCACUCAGCCGAGCCAUUUUCCUCGCUUUUUGCACACUGUUUAUCUCAACAUAAUGAACAACCUCCUUCCGGACAAUGUUUUGGAAGUAAUCUUCUCAUAUCUGGAUCUCCGGGAGCUGCGUGACUGUUCGCUGGUGUGCAAAAACUGGUAUCGCUACCUCAAUGACGAGAACAAUGACGUGUGGCGGAUGCACUGCGUGCGGAAGCUGGCAGAAGAGGCCAUCAAGAGUGACUUGCUGUCCACCUUGCCAUCGUACAAAGCCAAGCUGCGGGCCUUCCAUCACGCCUGGAACCCCAAUGACUGCUCCCGCAACGUGUACAUCAAGCCCAACGGCUUCACACUCCAUCGUAAUCCCGUGGCGCAGAGCACGGACGCGACGCGUGGCAAAAUUGGUUUCCGGCAGGGGCGCCACGCGUGGGAGGUGAUCUGGGAGGGACCCCUGGGCACCGUGGCGGUCAUAGGCAUCUCCACGAAGGCCGCUGCGCUGCAAUGUCACGGAUAUGUGGCGCUUCUGGGUUCGGAUGAACAGAGCUGGGGCUGGAAUCUAGUGGAUAAUCACCUGCUGCACAACGGCGACGCUCAGGGCAACUAUCCACUCCUCAAUAAUGCUCCCAAGUACCAAGUCGGCGAGAGGAUUCGCGUGAUUCUCGAUUGCGACGACAACACGCUGAGUUUCGAGAAGAACUACGAAUUCCUGGGCGUGGCGUUCCGCGGACUACCGGAUAAGAAGCUGUACCCCACAGUCUCGGCCGUGUACGGCAACACGGAGGUGUCGAUGGUGUACUUGGGGCCGCCGCUGGACGGUUAAUAGUGACGAGAGAGAGAGAAAGAAAGAGUAGCAAUUCCCAAAGACACUCCCAAAAACCCCCGGCGUUCAUGAUGACGACAGACUGCGUAUAAUUCUAAGGUCCGCAACCGAACGGAGAUCUUAUAUCCCCCCCCCCCCCAGAAAACGUACAAACACGCCCUUCACUUUCAUUUCCGGGAGACGCGAGAGCCGAGGGAAGUGCAGAGAAGAGUGUGGCAGAGACAAGAAUACCAUCGAUGCCUUGUGCUAGUGGCAAAUUCAAUGGAUUCGCUUAUUUCCGGGCGAGAAUGGGAGUAUUUUCUUCUAUUGUUUUUACUUUACUCAUUGAGGGGCUCUUCUCAGCUGACUUUCAAACUAAAUCCCAGUUUUAAUCUCAAGCUUCCACUUCAGGUUCCCAAAAAAAAAACAGCUGAGAAGCUCCUCACCUGCAAUUAUGAUCUCAUUAAGUUAUUAAGCAAUUCCUAGGCAAAAGAAACUACGUUAUCGUGUCAUAUUUUAACUUAUAUAUUUAUCUUUAAGACUAAUCACAAAUUGUUAUGCAUUUUAUCGAAAGGCGAGCGACUUAUUUAUACACCAAAAGAGUGGAUGGCAAAUGGAGAAGACGAAAAAAUAUAUAAUGUGCAGAUUUUAGUCACUAUUUUGUAGGGUUUUCUUUAGGGCAUUCUUUUCCCUCCUCAACAUAAAUUCCUCCUUCCAAGAGUUUUUAAGUAGAAAGAGAAGACAAUUAAUCAGCAUGAAUCAAUUUUAAUCUUGUACAUAAAUGUAAAAGAAAAAAAACCAACAGUAAAUCUGGCGAUUGUCGUGUGUAAUGCAGAAAAUGAUGUCUUGCAACAUGAAUUUACAGUGGCGGAAAAGAUUCUUAAAUAAAUAAGAUAUUCUUUGACUAACACG